AUGAUGAUAUUGAAUCUUAAAUUUUCUGCUGCAAUGAUUAUGAGUGCACUGAGUAGUAUCAAUAUCGCUGCUGCCGCUCCUGCGCAGGCUGCAGAAAUCCCAACUAUUGAAAUCAUGGGGAAUAAAUUCUUUGAUUCGGUUUCUGGUGAUCAAUUUUUUAUGAAAGGUAUUGCUUACCAACCGAGCAGAAGCUUAGAUGAUUUGGAAUCUGCGACGGACACCUACGAGACAAAGUAUAUUGAUCCCUUAGCAGACCCACAGAUUUGUCUCAGAGAUAUUCCAUAUCUUAAAGAGUUGAGCGUGAACACUAUCCGAGUAUAUUCGAUUGAUCCCACCAAGUCUCAUGAUGAAUGUAUGCAAGCACUGGCCGAUGCAGGAAUUUAUUUAUUACUUGAUUUAGCCGAACCAGACGUUUCCAUUUGCCGUAAUAAACCGACUUGGGAUGUUAACAUUUGGAACAGAUACAAAGAUGUUGUUGAUGUAAUGCAUAAUUAUCCUAAUGUUUUAGGCUUUUUCGCCGGUAACGAAGUAACGAACGACAAGACCAAUACUGAUGCUUCGCCAUUCGUUAAGGCGGCUAUAAGAGAUGUCAAAAAUUAUAUCAAGUUUAGAGGAUAUCGUCAAAUUCCCGUCGGUUACUCAUCUAAUGAUGAUGCUGAUACAAGAGAGCAAUUAGCCCAAUAUUUUGCCUGCGGUGAAAUUUGUGCUGAUUUCUAUGGUAUCAAUAUGUAUGAGUGGUGUGGUUAUUCUUCAUAUGGCACAAGUGGCUAUAAAGAGCGUACUAUAGAAUUCAAGGAUUAUCCUCUACCCAUUUUUUUUUCAGAGUUCGGUUGUAACCUCGUCAGACCUAGACCAUUUACUGAAGUUGGCGCGUUAUUUGGAUCUAAGAUGUCAGAAACAUGGUCAGGCGGGCUAGCUUACAUGUAUUUUGAAGAAGAGAAUGCUUAUGGAGUUGUUAAAGUCAAUGACGAAGGUGAAGUGGAAAAAUUAGAUGACUUUGAAUUUUUGAAGGGCGAAUUUACCAAGGCAAAGCCCAACAAGGUUACAAAGAGUGAAUUUUUAAGAGAAUUGCCUGAAAGAAAAGAAUUAAAAUGUCCCAGUUCCUCGAAAAAUUGGCAGUCAAGUAACCAUACUCCUCCAAAGCCAGAUGUGGAUAAAUGCAACUGCUUGAACAAAAUCUUGCCGUGCCAAGUACUUCCCUAUGAAAAUCCAGCAGAGUACAACAAUUUAUUUGAUCUUGUCUGCGGAAAGGUGGAUUGUUCUGACAUUGCAGCUGACGGGAAGAAAGGUGUUUAUGGCAAGUUUGCUGACUGUACUGCUGAACAAAAAUUGGCUUUACAGAUCAGUAAACUUUAUGUUCAAAGUAAAGAUAGCUCUGACACCUGUCCAAUUGGCGGUAAGAACGUUUAUUUUAACAGCGACUACAAAAAAAUAUCGAAAGGAGACAAAUGUUCGAAGAUCGAGCUUGAUUACAUGAGCAUUCAUUCAAAUGUGACGUCUAAAAAUUCAUCAGCUGAAACUUCAGGUGAAAAGGCCACAACCGCCGUGCCCAACUCCACUAAGGUGGGCGCUGGUUCAAUUACUCAGUACAAAAAUUCGGGAUGUGCAAUUUUAUUCGUUACCAUCUUCAUUGCUAGUUUCCUGCUUUGA